AUGGAGGGCGGCGGCAAACGCGCGCGUCGCGGACCACGCGUCGGAGGCCCCCCGGCUCUGGAGGCCGACACACAGAACAACGCGGACCUCGAGCAGGAACUUGGCCAGGUGGUCGAGCGAGAUAUCAUAUUGCAGCAGUGGGGGCCUUCUGAAUUCGCACAAUUGAAUGAUAACGGCCACGGAGCGGUCAUUCUUCCUGAGGGCGACCCAGUGGACGACUCGCUCGCCAAGAUCACCGCGAGUUUCUCACAUAAGUUCAAGGAAGAGAUCUCUGAAUGGGGUCGAGAGGAUAUGCCAGAGACCUGGACCACGGCCUUGACACUCAUUGCGUUGCACGUGGAGAUGAAUAUUCCUUGGGACCCCCGCAGCGACCUCUCAUGCGCGCGUGUUCUCGGCGCCCUCUUCACAGAUAAGUUCCGCGCUCACAAGGGCAGCGUUGCGCAGUACAAGGAAGGCCCCAUGCCCACGUUGCUUUCGAGGUACACGGGUUCUGGUCGACAGUCGCAAUGCGUGAAGCUCUAUGGCGCUUGGUUUAAGCGGCCCCGCCCUGCGCCCAAUGGCACCAUGAACUUCGAGGAUUGUACGCUGGUCGCGUCUGGCAAUUGGGCGGCGGGGAACCGCCUGGAGCAGAUGCCGAGGUCGCCGACUAACGAUUGCUACACGCACAUCCCUGCGUCUCUCACGUACACACCUGCCCAGGCAGACGUCGAGCGUCUCAGACUGUUCUUGUGCACUCCUUGUGCGGGCCAGGCAGCAGGGCGCAGAGUCGCCAUGGCCGUCGAGGCUCUCGCGACGCACGGCGAGCCUGCACCGCCGAAAAUCAUCGUCUUGCAGGGCGGCGGCGGCAACAGCAAGUCUGCGACGACGAAGCUGCGCGCGAACGUAUUCGCCGACUCCGACAAGUUCAUGAGCGCGUCGUGCCUGCAGAAAGUGCGCGCGGGCGAUCGCGUCUUCCUCGAAGACUCCACGCUCUCGCCGUUCCUGGCUAGCUCCGUCGCGCGCCACAUCUACAUGCGGCAUCACUUGCUCCCGUUCCUUCAGAACUACUCCGCCGACGACUGCAGACGCUUCAUAUCGCUGCCGGGCCAGGGCACCCAAGAUCGCACGAUCUCCUUCGUGCAGCAGAUGGUGACGGCGCUCGGAAACUCUUGGUCGACAUACGCGGCCACGCAGAAGCACCGUAUUCUGAAGCCGUACGUAUUCCAGUCUCUCUCACCGACGCUGUUGCCAGGGGUCCGCGGCACUUCCGUCAAGGGCAAGAAGACCAAGCUGCAGAACCUGGAUGACUCCAUUCAUGCAUUUCCGCAUAUUUUCAAGAAGCUCCCUCUGGCGGGCGGCGACCAGAAGCUCCAGAUCGAUGUGCAAAAGUUCUCGGACGCCAUGUCCCGCGUGGAGAACUGCGGAGAGAAGCUCGGGAGCGUGCAAAAGUAUGACCUCAGUGAGCCCGCAGCCGUCCUGCGCGAGAUAGUGAACCUGACGCAGUUGCGCGCCUAUUGCGCCAAGGGCAUAGACUCCAGGCAGAAACAACUGGAGAGCUACAUUCAAUGGCACGAAACCAAGGGCGCGCAGGAGGGCGACUUCAGCACCAUCGAGGUGAAGUAUUACAGGCCGUGGGGCCCUCCAGGGCGGAUGUACGCAUUCGGCAUGGCCGCGCAGGAGCUUACGAGGCAGGCGCGCGCGGCUGCGUUCCAGGGCCACGCCGUCGACGUCGAUUUCGUGGCUGCCUUUUCCCGCACGGGCUAUCGCGAGGCGUGCCGCAUCACGCACAACUCGACGACCUACGGCAUCUGGAGGAAGUCAAUUCUGCACGUGGGCGCCUGGAGGGGCUUCAUCAAGGACUACAUGGAGAUUUCGGUCGGCGAGGGCAGGCGCGUGAUCAUGGACAGCCCCCGCUUCCACUACCUGCGCAACCAGUUCGGUGACCGUCGGGCCCCCGAUGCGACCCGCUUCGCGUACGCCACGUUCGCGCUCGAAGACGAGGAGCUAGCAAAACUUGUCGAAGCGAUCAAGGGCCAGGACAGCAGCACGGAGGCGUUGGUUUACAUGUUCGACGGAGCCAUCAUGUCCACGCCCGCUGGUCCCGCAAAGAUCCAGUCGGGGAUCGACGCGUACGAGGGCACCAGCCAGGGCAUCAGCGCCAUCGUGAAGCCGUUCGCAAGCUUCGAU